AUGAUUCCAUCAGAUGAGCAACAGAGGAUGAAACAACUUGGUCAUCGAGACAAGCCUCAUCUAGAGGUACAAUUGGGAGGGGCUAAAGAACAGAGCAAGCACAAGGUGGCUACGUCAUCUGAAGACCAGAGACCGAGACAUAUGGUCGGUCACAGAGACAAACCUAAGCAAGAGGUUCAAGUGGGAGGGGCUAAAGGAGAAAGCAAACAGAAAGGGACUACAUCAUCGGAGGACCAGAGUCCAGGACAGGAGGAAGUUGUUCAUCGAGGCACACCUCAAUCAGAGGUACAAGUAGGAGGGGCCAAAGAACAAAGCAAGCAGAAAGAGUUUAUAUCAUCGGAGGACCAGAGACUAGGACAGGAGAAAGUUGUAUAUUGCGACGAACCUCAAUCAGAGAUACAAGUGGAAGAGGAGAGCAAGCAGAAAGGGAGUACAGAAAGGGAGGAGCAGAGACCGAGACACGAGGUACACGGCCGACUUCACAGACAUGAACCAGGAGCUGUUGAAGAGCAGGGCAUACAGAAGCAUAUCAGACCAUCAGAUGAGGAACAGAGACCGAAUCAGGAGGAAGUUGGUCAUCGAGACAAACUUCAAUCAGAGGUAAAAGUUACAGAGGUGAGCAGGCAGACAACGAGUACAACAUCUGAGGGACAGAGACCGGAACAUGAGGAACAAGAUCAUCUUCAGAGACAUGAUGAGGAACAGAGAGCGAGUCAGGAGGAAGUUGGUCAUCUAGACAAACCUCAAUCAGAGGUACAAGAGAAAGAGAAGAGCAGGCAGAAAGGGAGUACAACAUGUAAUCGACAGAGACAGGGACACGAGGAACAAGACAAUCUUCAAAGACAUGAUGAGGAACAGAGACCGAGUCAGGAGGAGGUUGGUCAUCGAGAGACGGUUGAGGUACAGAAUCAAGUUGCAGGUGCCGGAGAAAAAAAUUCCCCAAAUGUUUCAAUGACAUCAUCCCAAUCACCCUCAUUUAAAUAUCGUUUAAAAAGGUCUAUUCUCUCAUUAUUGCCGAAAAGGAAGAAGGCAAGAGACCAAAAAUUAGUACAAGAGCAGAUGGGGGAUGAACACAGUAGGCAGGCAGACAACCAAAGGGCUGGGUUUCACGAAGAGCGGAAAACGCAGGAAGGGACCUUAUCAUCUGAUGGACUUUGUCCGAAACAGGAGUAUGUUGUUCAUCGAGAUAAACUUCAACAAGACGUUUUAGUGGAAGGGGUUAAAGAACAGAGCAAGCAGAAGGGGACUUCAUCAAUUGGGGACCAGAGACUGAGUAGGGAGGAAGUCGGUCAUGAAGCCAAACAUGAACCAGAGGUAGAAGUGAGAGUGGCUAGAGAACAACGCCAGCAGAAAGGGACUACAUCAUCUGAGGGACAGAUACAAAACCAGCGAGAGGGAGGCGGCACAGAGCCGAGUAUUCAGAAAGAGAGGAUACAAUCAUCCGAGGAUUAUGGACUCAAAAGGUUAACACACCAAAAUCCAAGUCAUGGGCAAGUGGAUGUUGUACCUAGAAAUCCUUCAGAGAUACAAGAGACAUUGGUCAGAGAAACGACAUCACAAGUCGGACAGAUAAUGCAGAGUCCAAGUUCAGUUCAAGACAUCGCACCUGUAGGACUCCAACUAGGAGCCUCAUCCCCAUCAGCUGCUGUACUCAGAUGUGGACCUGUGCAAGUGCAACACGUUUCAGUGGAUUCCAUGCAUAUUGGCGGUGCAAAUAAUCCGACCUUCCUGGGACCCGUUAAUGAUCCUACUUUCACCAUCAUUCAGAACGUGGCUAUGCCAGAAAGCAGUCCAGGUAAAUAA